UCUUCACUACUACUACUACUACAACAACAACAACAACAAGCUACUAAAUUCUCCUCAUCCAAAAUCUCCUUCUUGUCCUUCCCCUCCCAAAAAAAUGGCCACCAACAACAACCAAUCCCAACCGUCGCCCAUACUCUCCGUCAAGAUAGAGGAGAGGAGGGAGGAGGAGGAGGAGCAGUUCGAUUACGCCAAGAGGGCUCAGUGGCUCCGAGCGGCGGUGCUGGGAGCCAACGACGGGCUGGUCUCCACGGCCUCCCUCAUGAUGGGCGUGGGGGCCGUGAGGCAGGACGUGAAGGCCAUGAUCCUGACCGGGUUCGCGGGCCUCGUGGCUGGGGCCUGCAGCAUGGCCAUCGGCGAGUUCGUCUCGGUAUACUCUCAGUACGACAUCGAGGUGGCCCAGAUGAAGCGGGACCAGGAGAGAGGCGGCGGAGGGGCUGAGGGAGAGGGAGAGGAGGGGCUGCCGAACCCCAUGCAGGCCGCGGCGGCGUCGGGGCUGGCGUUCUCGGUGGGGGCGAUGGUGCCGUUGCUGGCGGCUGCUUUCAUCAAGGAGUAUAAGGUGAGGGUCGGAGUGAUGUUUGGCGCGGUGAGCUUGGCGUUGGUGGUGUUCGGUUGGAUUGGAGCCGUGCUGGGGAAAGCGCCUGUUGUUAAGUCGUCGAUGAGGGUUUUGGUUGGCGGGUGGGUGGCCAUGGCGCUCACUUUUGCUUUGACUAAAUCGGUUGACUCCAACCACAUGGAUUGGGUUUGAAUCAAUAAUCCGUUUUCGAAUCUUUGAUUUCUCUCUCUGUUGUGGUUUAUGUUUUUGAUUAUGUUGCGUUUCGAUGUGUGUGUUUUUAGGUGAUUUACUUCUGUUUUGUGACCUCCGUACUUACUUUAAGAAUUUCGAGGUUCAAAGUUAAUGGCGUCUGUUGAAUAGAUUAUGUGUGUUUAUCAUUAAUGUGCUAAUGUAACUCUUCCCUGCUUCUUUGUUGAUUUUCUUUGAGAUGAGCAAAAUCGGUAGGGAGUAUUUUGCUCUGUCGGAAGUUUAAGGACAGGAGUGAUUUUGUGUUUACAUACAUCAAUAAUAAUGACCUCGUUCA